AUGAUAAUACAAUUGUAAUUUGCUUUAUUUUUAGAUUACUCUUGAUACCAAACCAAAUAAUAUUGGAACCGGAUACUGAUAAGAUACGCAUUGAUAAUUUUUAAUUAAAAGUUAAUUCCAAUUACAGUCGGACGAUUUACUUUUUUAAUAAAUAAAAAUGUUAACUUUAAUUAUACCUGUGUUACUAAUUCCAACGACGCUGGUGAUAUUUUUUAGAUUUAUAAAUAAAAAAAAUAAACCGCCUAUUUUUGGUGUUUAUAAGCAACGAGGCAAAUCUUAUUGGUUCAAGUUUCUGCUUAUGUUCACAAUUUUGAAAUUAAGACAGUUAAUUAACCACAUCAAGCAUCUACUGGACGUGGAGUUUGGACGUAGUUCAGACGGCACUGUACAUAUUCAACGACGAGAAACUGACCUGGAACAGAAAUAUUUUCUAGCUGAUAGCCCUACAGCUGUAGAUGCUGUGUAUUUUAAUGGCAUGUCAAAGACCGGUGACGUCGUCAUUUGUAAUUUAGCUCGGAGACCGGGACAAGUUUGCGAUUCGUUCUUAUUGCUGAAGGUCAACGGCGAAGAAUUGUUGCUGUCUCCAUGUUUACCAGACACUUACCAGGAACAGAGUGGAUUAGAAAUUGGAGAUUACAAAAUAAAAGGAUUAACUAUUCAAAAGAUGAUACCCAUGCGGGCGUGGAACGUGUCUUACACGGGUGAAAUGAAACUCCGCAGCGAUUACGAGAAAAAGGUCAACGUGCAAAUGGACUUAACAUGGAGUUCAAUUUGGAAUAGUUUCAAUUACGACACCCAAAUGUCCGCACGUUGUAUGGCCAAUGACCUAGCCAGGGAAAACUGGUCGCGCGGAUACUUCCAAUUGUUAAAAAAAUUUCAUCAAACUCACUAUGAACAAAUGGGUUACUUCAAAGGGACGAUUAUUAUUGAUGACAAAGUGCACUCUGUCAACAUGCCUUGCCUUAGAGAUCAUAGUUUUGGGCCGUUUCGCGAUUGGCGAACAUUCCAUCGUUAUGUAUACCACUUUAUAUUCCUUGAAAAUGGUGAUUGCAUGGCCAUAGGCGCUGUAUCACAACCUGCAAUAUUGUCGCACCUCACCAUAGGAUACUUUUGUCGGCGCUCUGAUCAGACCGUCUUUCCAAUAGAAUCAUGCGACUUUCAACUUUAUCAGCAUGGAGAGCACCAAGUGCUUCCUAAAGAUUACGGAUUUGUUUUCAAAACAGGUAAUUACAAAGAGAUAUUAUAAUAUUAUGCUAUUUGCAAAAUUAUAUUAUCUUAGUAGUAAUAUGCAAAAUGGAUUCCGUUUUAAUGUGAUAUAUAUUGCAGAUGGCCAACUCCAUUCCAUUCGUGUGCUUGUAAAGGACGAAGAUGUUUUCUAUAUCGGCAAAGACAGGGUGGCGAAAUUCUACGAGCGUUGGUGCGAUGUUGAAGUGAACGGUGUCAAAGGGUGGGCGUGUGUGGAGUGGCAAUAUAAUAAUUUACAACCACCCAAACAAGUAAAAUAAGCAUCAUAAAUUUUUAAAAACGUAUUAGUAUUUGUUAUUUUAAUGUUGCAUCGACUUAAAGAAAUGUAUUAUUUCUAAUGUUUUCAUAUAAAAAAAUAUUUAUGUGAAUAUUUUAAAAUGUACAAACCGUUGUUAUCGAGUUCUCAAUAUGUUAUGCACAAUAAAUUACAAUUGCAAAUUAAUUGGAUAAUGCAUGAUAGUUUGUAUCUAAGCGUGCCUUAUUUACUUAGUAAUAAUGUACUAUCACCUAAUAAGGCCCACUAUUCUUGUCCGCUGUAAUUCUUAAACUGAAAUAGGUUUAAAUUACUUUCUUAUGUCCUUACCGACCAGUCGGUAUAAUUAAAACAUAUUCCAUAGGCCAUAAACAGUGGGCCUUAUUAGGC